AUGACGUACUUCGACGACUCGCAAGCGACCAUGAUACUAUCGUGGCUUCCGAUUGGUUUAGAUCGGAGUUCUAUAGUGUUCUCCAAUUGGUUGACUCUUGAGCUUCAAUUGAAUUCCAAUAUUCUGCGUGACUAUGGCAACAACACUUAUCUGCAGAGUCUGUCCAGUUUUAUGAGACCCGUUCUUCAAGAUUCAAGUAGAAGUCGUUGGAUAAGAUGUUGGAGAGCUGUUAGCGAUGGAUGGGAUGUGUAUUCAACAUUCCACCCCCAGUGUGACAACAAAGGACCGACAGUUACCAUUGUUCGUGUUGGUAGUUACAUCUUUGGUGGCUAUUCUGAUGCAUCAUGGGACAGUUCAAACACCUACGCGUACUCCAGCAAAGCUUUCCUGUUCUCACUGUACAAUACACGUGGCUUCAAACCUAUCAAGUUACCUCUUGUUAGACAUCAACAGACUGCUAUAUAUAGAGUUAGAAGUUUUGGCCCUGUAUUCGGUUUACUUGACAUGUACAUAUCUAACCAUGCAUCGAGUAACGCUUACAGUCAUUUUCGAGUGUACUCAUACAAAGUCCCGCCUGGCUGCAGGUACAGUAGUUACUGCUCGUUCUACACAGGCAACACUCACUUUAAACCGAGUGACAUCGAAGUUUUCUAUGAAACAACCAUCUAGUAAUCAAACGUUUUUAAACCUAGAAGCCCAAGAAACCCUUAAGUUCUCAAAACUUGAAGCAUUAAUUUUUCAGUAGAGAAACAAAGAAAUAUUCCAUUUUGUAAUGGCGUAGGACCCUACAAUAUGCGAUAUUUGUGAAUAGUUGAUUUUUAUAAUUGAUUAUAAUAAUGUUCUCAUUUGUUAAAAAAGGGUCUGGUAAGUUAUAAUAGUGUUAAUUACAUGGUUUAUGAAGUUAUUGCAAACAAUAAACAU